AUUUGCGCACUGAGAUCACAGAUCAGUCAACAAAACUUGCUAACGCUUGAAUGUUGUUUUUGUGGGUGGUGUUUGGAAGGGUUACAGUGUGAAAACACAGUCUAAACACAGUCCAGAGAAACAUUUUGGUACAGUUCAAACGUGACGUUAUAUAAAGAGAACACGUGACACCGCGCGACGGAGCGUCUGACAGCAGGACAGACAGACUGAGGGCGGGUCACCACAGAAACGCUUUUCGGAGCAAAAUAACAGCGCUGUCUCCAUUACGACAAUACACAUUUGGACAUUUGAAGGGACCAUGGCUUCAGCGAAAUGCACGAGAUAUUCCCUCUACUGGGACGAGACAGAGUGCCUCAGCUACUAUGAGAUGCUGUCCCUCCAUGAGAUCUUUGAAAUCGUGGGCUCCCAACUCACAGAGACUGAUGUCGAAGUUUUGUCUUUUCUCCUCGAUGAAGCCUAUCCUGGAAAACAUCCCCUGGAUCCAGAGGGAUGGACUGAUGAGUCCCCUCCAGGGCCUGAUGGGUCUUCACUGGGAAAUUCUCCAUGUCCUCGGCUUCUCAAAACAUGGCGAAGAAUACAGCCGCAGAAUGAGCCUUGCCCCAUCGCUGGUCGCCACAGACCCAAGAGUGGCGUUGAACUCCUGUUGGAGCUGGAGAGGCGAGGAUACUUGAGCGAAGGAAACCUCAAACCUCUAUUGCAGUUGCUGCGAAUUCUGACACGACAUGAUGUCCUGCCUUUUGUCUCACAAAAGAAGAGAAGAAAAGUAUCUCCAGAGCGAGAAAAGAUAGAAUACCAAGCGGUGGAUACCAGAGCGGACAUGCAGUUCAGUUCAAACACAGAUAUACCAUCCUUGGAAAACACACAAGACCACCAGUGGAGAGCAGGGACUGGCUCUUCCAUGACAACAACCACACCUGUACGACGGAAGCGAGGUAGAGGUAACCACUGGGGCAGAAAAUCUAGGGGCAAGCCCCAAAUCCAGCUUCAACCAACAACCAACAAAGUGACCUGCGAUGUCCGGCUACGUGUGCGUGCGGAGUAUUCGGAGCACGAGUCGGCCCUUCGUGGAGGAGUUUCAUCAGACAAGCAGCAGCCGUUGGAGAGACAGUUUGAACUGUUCAGCCGAGCGAGCGCACUGCUCCGUACCCGGGAUCUGGGCUCUAUUGUUUGUGAUAUCAAGUUCUCAGAACUUGCCAACCUGGAUGCCUUCUGGGGAGACUAUCUGAGCGGGGCACUGCUUGAGGCACUGAAAGGAGUCUUCAUCACAGACUCUUUGAAAAGGGCAGCGGGACAGGAGGGGGUCCGGCUGCUUGUUAGUGUGGAUCAGGAUGACUACGAAGAGGGCAGAAAACUCUUGCUCAGAAGCCAGACACAUAAUGGGACAAACUGGGGAACACAAAGUUUGCCCUGAAAAAUGUCAGUUUCACUCGGGACCUUCAGCUACGAUGGAUGAAGAUUUUUUGCCUUUUUAUUUCAUCGCCUAUUGAGUGUUGGCGACAAUGGGAAGGAGAGCCUGGUGGAAGAGUCUAGAUUAAACUGGGCAGAUGUUUUGUUGGACACUGACUGUAUCUGAAGGAAAAAUUAUUAUUGACUGUCCAGAGGUUAUGUUCAAAUAUAGGGCUGUCUCUCUCUCUCUCCCUCUCUCCACUGCAGGCCAGUUUAAACAUGGACAAACACACCCAUAGAAAACAAAAGAAGGAGGUUCUGCAUCUGUACUAAUUACUCUGUCACAGGUGGUAUGUGAAUAGAGUUUGUUUCCAAAUGUGAUGACAUACAAUGAAACCCUUAAUUCAAGUUAUGCAUUUAGCUUUGUUUGGGAAAUGUAAAAUAACCUCUUUGGCCAAACAUUUGAAUGAUGAGAAUACACAACAAAUAUGUAACUCAAAUGGAUGUGCCCAAAUCUCCUGUUUGAAAAGGUUUUGAAAGAUUGGAUGAUAACUUGAUUCUUAAGAGUUUGGGCUGGUAACAGUGCUUCAGGUGACCAAAUGUACACUUCCACCAUUGGAUCGGUUAAUAUGUUACGUAACUUAACUACUCCAAAGUGCUCUGCUGUACUGCUUAUAAGAGUCAACUUAGAAGACUUUGGAAAUCCUUUAUACAGCACCAGACUGGAACUAAUCUAUCGAAGCUGCCAAAUUUGAAGCUUUAUUGAGGAUCAGGAAAUGUCACAAGUCGGAACAGAGAGUAACUCUGCAUUUAACAAGACUUUCUACAGUGUGCACCACUGUGAGACUACAUGUGUCCCAAAAAAUCAGUUCCUGUUAUUGUCUCAGAAACAAGGUUAAGGUUUAUCAAGGCUUUCAGAUGCCUUUGUAAAAUGUUGAUAGAGAAAUGUUAGUUAAUUAGAUGACCACUGAUUUGACACACGUCUUGACACACAACCAGACCAACCUCUGGUCAUGUUUCUGGACUAUUGUGUUCUUCUAAAGCAAGCAUGUUUUGAAUCUUUUGUUAUAUUUUUACUCUUAUGACAAAGAAGAUAAAGGUUUAGUAGUAUUUAGUUGUAAUUCAGUUUGGAACAGUCUUGACAUGUCACUGAUAAAAGUGAAUUGAGAGUGGAACAUUGAACGCUUUUGUGUUUUCAUGUUUUUGUUCAGAAAGAUAUUACUUGAUGUUGUUUUGUUAUAUGUACAUUUACGUAACUAUUAUUCUUAUUAAAGUCCUGUCAGAAGAAAA